AAAUUGCUCCAGAAUCUCAGUAUCGGAGAAGCUUUUUCCAGUGCGCACGUGCAAGAUCCCUCACGUCAGUGCAGCAUCGUCUCUACUUCGCUACUUUUACGGCGGGUGAUCAUACGUUUAGUGUGCUGUCAUGCUCCGCCGUAGACGGUUGUCCGAUUCUCUUAUUCUCGCAAAACGUGUGCAUACCUAAUUAUCUCUUAUUUUGUUUAUAUUAAAAAAAAAAAUUACUUAAAAGUAAUUGGAGACCGAAAACGCUCCCUUAAAACGAAAUUAAUUUUGUAAACUACUCGCAUAACACAUAUUGCGAUAGCAGUAAUUGCAGUGCAUAUUUUCGAGUGCGGAAUAAUUUGUUUACUUUAAACAUUUUUCCUGGUCUUUACCUUGUACAGACCAUUUUAAAGUGAAUACGAAGGGAAUCGAAUUUAUUUAUGGAUAAAUAUAAAAGCGUCGAAUGUGCGCAUUUGUACGAUAAUGUUUUAAAAUGAAACAGUUCUAGUGAUAUUCUUAAAAAGAUAUCUCUACGGGUCUACGAUAUCUAAUACGAUCUACUUACUAUAUAAAGUUCUGAAAGGAUUACAAAUACUGUAAAUAAUUUGGAUAUUUUGGUCGAUAUGACGCAGUUGUUUAAUAUUAUCCACUGCAAUAAUUUAAAUGGCCGAGUUCGCUCCAUUUAUGAAAAUUUAAAUACAAAUGUUUGUGGCAUUGACCGCGUGAAGCUUCUUUUUACUUGUCUAAGCAUAUUGAUAUUGCUUUUUGCCUGUUUUUUCCUUUGGAAUAAGUAUGAAACGUGUCAUAAAACAUUACUAAAGUUUCACAAUUUACGUGCAGCUGUGUCACUGCUCAUGUUGGCUGGAAGUAGCCUGGAUCUAGCCAGGAGCUUACUGCCCCAACGCAGUGCACGGCAGCUCAGUCGUCUUUUUGACUUAUGGAAUAGAGACACAAAUUUUCUGGUUAUAAUAGGAGCGGGAGAAGCGUGGAAUGCGCUUGCUUCCACGAUAUUGACAAUUUUGCUAAUGUGUUAUCAUCGUGUUAUAGAGCGCAAGAAGAAGACAGUGUUUUUGUACGCGAGCAUGGCCGUGGAGGUAUUGACUCUCGCUCUGCGUUCCAACGAAUUGACAGAGGUUGCUUACUACGAGGAAGUACUAGAGCUUCAGACGUGCCUUGUGGGUAUGUCUGUUUUAUGUCUGCUGGUAUUGGCUUCGUUGGAUGGUUACACUAUAUAUAAUGAGCACUUUCGUGACAACUACGUGGAUGACCAUGGAAAAAUAGGCUAUAAACAUUCACUUGCAACAUUUUAUUCAAAAUCUUGCUUCUGGUGGUUGACUCCUUUGCUGAGGUUGGGCUAUACGGAACCACUAGAACUUGAGAACUUGGGUGCAAUGAAACUAGAGGAUAGCGCUAGAUCGCAUUACGAUCACUUUUUGUAUGUUUACACAGAUGAGGUGAAAAAGUCAAGUUCCUCCCCAUCCUUAUGGUAUUGCUAUAUAAAGAACAGUUGGCGGAUGUUUGCUUUGGGCGGCAUUUUAAAGCUGGCGGGAGACCUAUUUGCGUUGAUCGGCCCACUUGCAAUACAGCAAAUAGUACAGUAUAUAGAAGAGCUUUAUGCUACAGCGACCAAUCCAUCAAAACAAUGGAAUGCGAAAGACGAGGGUCAACCACUAAUGUUGGCCUUCAAUGUGAGCGAUAUUCAUAUUGGCCAAGUAAGAGUUUACUAUGCCACCUGGUCGGAACUGCUAACAAACGGCUGGAGCAUUGCUUGGAUUGUUCUACUAGCUGCAAUUACUCAGGGAGCCUUGUCCCAGGCUUCUACUCACAUUCUUAAUAUGACGGGUAUCUGGAUAAAAACAUCCCUACAGGGUCUAAUUUAUCGAAAGACCCUGCUAUUAAAUGCGACCAGCGGCUGUUCGGCUAAUAACAGCAUACGCCAAACUCCAUUAUCCUCAACUUCUACUCCGGUAAAAACGAAAAAAAACAACGCCAAAGAUAAGAUGAACACGGAUUCUACCUCUAAAGAGGAACCCCCUGAAGGACAUGCGGGAUAUAUGAGCGAUUUAAAUCCCUCUAAUGACAUUGGCAGCAUUACCAAUCAUAUGACGGAAGAUACACUAAACAUAAUGCAAUUUUUCUGGAUCGCCCACUAUGCAUGGGCUAUACCAUUUAAGAUAUCGGUGGUCAUUUACUUGCUGUAUCUCAAGUUGGGGAUAAGUGCUGUCGUUGGAGCCAUUGUGUGCAUACUAAUUAUGACGCCACUGCAAUUUCUCAUUGGAAAUGCCAUGUCUAAAAACAGCGAAGUUAUUGCGAAAUAUACUGAUGAGCGAUUGAAGAAAAUACACGAAACAUUGAUUGGUAUCAAAAUUAUAAAGCUAAAUGCCUGGGACGAGGUUUUCUUUAAAAAGAUUCAGGUGUCACGCAAAAAGGAGCUCACAUAUCUCAACAAGGAUGCCCUAUUUUGGACGUUAAUGACUAUUCUUACACAUAUUUCGACGGUGUUGAUCACUUUUGUGACCCUCGGUGUUUAUGUGUUGCUACCUAGGGAGGCGGACCUUAAUUUAAACGCUAGUCGACUGUUCUCUGCACUGGCCCUUUUCCAGCAACUAACGGUCCCUCUGUUGAUAUUUCCGAUUACAGUCCCAAUUAUUAUAGCAGCAAGGGUUUCAACGCGUCGUCUGCAGCGAUUUUUUGAGGCAAGCGAGAUCCAAAAGCAGUUUGAGGGCAUUCGAAAUAUGGCCAGGAUAUUAAGCAAGAGUGAUGCCUCAUUGGAUAUGUAUGAAACGCAGGAGAAGUCCAACAUGACAAUGCGCACAGCACAGGCAGAAAGCAUGCUGAAUGAAAAGCACAUUGCACAACGAACAGCAACGUUGGAACGGCCGAUAUCGACGUCAGAAUCAGAGGACAAUUCUGUGCAGACAACCAGGCAACAUGAUCAACAGGCAGCAGCCACCUCUCCAUUGUUUUUUCAAGAGGUGGGCCAUCAGAGGCUCGUACAGCAGCGCCGUGAACUGCUUCGCAACACACCGUACGUAGCCAUUAGGCCACCGAGGCUGCAAGGAACCGUAGUGGAGAAACAUCAGGAAUUCUCACUGAUGCGGGCCAGGAACACGGAUAGCUGGAGACGUGAUUCUCUCCUGCUAAAAAUGCCCGAUGACAUUGCGGUGUCGAUCAAUGACGGUCUUUUCACAUGGCAUCCAGACAGUCACAUUCCAAUGGUGCAAUUACACAUUCAAGGGAUAGUUAUACCGAAGGGAAAAUUGACGAUUAUUGUCGGAAAAAAUGGCAGCGGAAAGACAUCCCUCUUGUCGGCCUUGCUCAUGGAGAUGCCACUGUUAGCAGGAAAUAUGUUUUGGCACAAAACAUGUACGAUUUCUUAUGUGUCUCAACAACCGUGGCUGCUCAAUGACACCAUCCGGGAAAACAUUCUUUUCGGCGAAUCCUUUCGACCCAGCCGUUACGAUUUCGUGAUAGAAGCAUGUGCCCUUAAGCCUGACAUUGAAAUAAUGCCAAAAGGCGAUUUCACCAUUAUCGGAGAGCGCGGCAUCAAUAUAUCAGGCGGACAGAUACAGCGAAUUGCUAUUGCGCGUGCGAUCUAUUCAUCGGCUAAUGUGAUCAUAAUGGAUGAUCCACUGUCCUCGCUGGAUAAUGAGGUCGGGUCCCAAAUCUUUCAGCGUUGCGUGAGCCAGAUGCUGCUGAAGUCAAAUCGCACCUUUAUACUUGUGACACAACAAUUAAAUCUCAUAAAGGAGGCGGAUUACGUAAUCGUCAUGAAAAAUGGUCGCCUCCAAGCUUGCGGCAGUUAUGGGGACAUAGAAUCGAAGCACCCGCAGAUACCCGCCAAAUGGAAUUCUAUAAUAGCAACAUCAAAUGCAAAGAAACAGAAUGAUGCACAAAACCAUGUUGAACGAACGGCAUCUGAGCGCUGGAAGUUGCUGAAGAAUGUUAGCAAACUGGGACUUCAGCGCUCGAUUUCAGUGACCAUAGAUGAAAAUGGUGGAGGCAAUACGGAUGGACACGACGACAGCGUUUCUUUAUCAGUGACCCAUAUGCACGACAACGACAUUGAGGAGGAUGAAGAAGACAAUGAGAUAUCGGCGCCGUAUCUUCUUUCCAAUGGAAACUGCUGCAGCUUCAAUUUGCAGCGAAAGCGAUCUAGCGUCUAUGGCUCACGACAUCUGAUCUAUGAUGUGCCCCUACCAAUCGAUGAGUGCCAGGCAGAUGAUGUCAUUAUGCGUCCACGUCGCCGGCAAAUGAUUCAUCGUCGAGGCAGUAGGACUACCAACUCUUGGCAUAGAUUGAGCGGCCUUAGCACGCUAACGGCUACCUCAGCUUCCAGUUCUAAUAGCGGAAAUCCAAUUCAUCGCAGCGGGCUAACUUCCAGCGGUAGUAGCUAUGCAGAGAGCAAUGCAGACGGGAUCGAGAUGGAUAUGCCGCCGUUGUUGCAAGACCCACGAAUAAAGUCAUGGCAGCCGACGAAAAACCUGCAGCAUCAGCUGCUGGCUCGGAAUGCGUCUUCCCCGCCGGCCAUGGAAGUGGCGGUUGAUAGGCCUCAAUGCGCUGAGGUGGGGAUUGAACGGGUUACAAAGACAGAAGCAACGUCGGAGGAUCAGGUUCGUGGCAGCUUUCAGCAGUUUUUGCGGCGAAUGUCCAUGCGGCGCUCUAAUAAGCCCAAGCACCACCAUCAGCCGCUGAGCGCCACCAACUCGAUUCUGAGCAUCUCUGAAGAAACUGCUGCUACUUCUGCUCUUCAAGCCGCCGAUCGUGGAUCCAUACCCUCCUCACCUGCCUGCAUAUAUAACUCAGAUGCGAAUGAUUCGGAGGGACAAAUGGAUAAACAGCUGCCAUUGAUGAAUGCGACCACGAAAAGUGUAAAUUUAGACUACAAAGACGGCAACCUUAUCAACGAACCCCACAACGACUGUGAAAUAUCAAACGUGUCGUCGGUGAGGCCACUGGAGCAUUGCGAGGGCAAUGAAGAAGCACCCCCAGGUACCGAGAACGAAUUGAUACCAAUGUCUGAGUCUGCAAUUGAUGCUGAGCGCAAAUAUGGAAAAAUAUCGCAUCACAUAUAUCUGAUGUAUAUACGCGCCUCGGGCGUGCCCAUAAUCACAGUCUUUUUUAUCACCGCACUAAUUUGGCAAUGUUUGCGUGUCUACACGGACGUUUGGCUGCGGCAUUGGAGCGAUGUCCACAUCCAGGCACAGGACGUGAGCAAAGAGGAGGGCCACGAAGUCACGUACUAUUUCUGCAUGUAUGCCGCAAUUUCGUGUGUUUGCAUUAUAAUGGCCAUGAUAUCAACACCGGCCGGACAAUGGGCCGGCUGUAAUGCCCGUCGUAAUUUGCACGAUAAGCUGCUGCAAUCGAUUUUGCAUAAAACGUUGCAUUUUUUCGAAGUCACACCGCUCGGACGUAUUGUUAAUCGUUUCAGCAACGACAUGGCGAUCAUUGAUAAGAAAAUUGCCGCAACUUGUCAAAGGCUGCUGCAAUUUAGUUUUCUCUGCAUUUCCGCCGUUCUGAUCAAUUUGACCAUUACUCCCUGGUUUCUGGCCUUCACACUUCCUAUCUGUGGAGCCUACUACAUAAUACAGAAGUUCUACAGGUGUUCAGCGCGGGAGUUACAACGCAUUGAGAACUCGACUAACUCACCGGUUAUCUCGCAUUUAUCGGAAACAAUACAAGGUGUGACCACAAUACGGGCGUACAAUCAGCAGGCACGUUUCACCGAGAUACUCUUCAGACGUCUUGAGGCCAACACAAUUGCAUCUGCGUUGUUGAAUACGAGUAACCGAUGGCUUGGCAUAUCAUUGGACUAUUUAGGUGGGUGCAUUGUUUUUGUGGCCAUCGUGACGUCACUGGCAACGGCAAGCAUCAGUUGCAGCAACUACAGAUAUGCCAGGGACGUAGCAGAAACUUAUGCCAACAAUAAAAGCAUGCCAGACCUCUCUUCGGAACUGAGACCAACGCCAUCGCUUGUCGGGCUGGCCAUAAACUACACGUUGUUGGUGCCGAUUUACCUUAAUUGGGUUGUAAAACUUUUGGCUGAUAUGGAGAUGUAUGCGGGCUCGGUGGAACGCAUUGCACACUAUGCCAAGGGACAGGAGUCCGAUUUGGAAGCGAACGAAGAAAUAAGCAAUGAAGUCGAUAGCUCGUCCUUGCCCACGUCGAUGUCGACUGCCGGUGACAAAGUUUACCCAGGCGCAACGACAGCUGCCGUUGAUGUUGAUGAAGAUGGAGGUGAAGGUGGAGAUGGAGACGGAGAUGGUGAUGGAGCUGGAGCUGGGGAAAAUGCUGAUAAAUUAAAUGCAGGCAAUGCAACCGGCGACGGCAAUCACUUAAACUUCCACUUCCACACGGCGACAGCUGCUGACAAGCUACAGAAGGCGACGACAAAGACGUCGGUGAUUAAAAAAGAUAAGAAACUGCCGCCACACAGCGGGAAGGUCGAUCUGCCUAAUGAGCCAGCUAGAAGGCGUGAGUCUUGUCAGCUUAAACGAUACCAGAGCGUUCCCAUUUCUUGGCCGCAAAGAGGCGACAUCAGCUUCCAAAAUGUCAGCCUGCGGUAUGAAGGCCAAACACAGAAUGUUAUCAGCGACCUAACACUGAAAAUACCAGCGGGUCAGCGGAUUGGCAUCUGUGGCCGCACUGGCAGCGGAAAGUCCUCGUUGGGCUUAUCUCUAUUCGGUGUAUUGCAAACGACGAGUGGCCACAUUCUUAUUGACGAGGUGGACAUUAAGCAAAUCCGACCAGAGGAGCUGCGAACGAGAUUAUCGAUAAUUCCACAGGACGUGCAUUUGUUCAAUACGACGAUACGCGAAAAUCUUGACCCACAUGGGUAUUACUCGGACUUACAGCUGUGGAACUGCCUCGAGUUGGCGCAGCUAAAAGAGUUUGUCAAAGUGAAUCUUCCGCUGGGUUUGGAUACAGUAAUUACUGACGGCGCCAUUAACUUGAGCGCCGGCCAUCGGCAGCUGCUGUGCCUUGCACGGGCCAUUCUACGCGGCUCCGUUUGCCUGGUCCUGGACGAAGCAACAAGUGCCCUGGACAGUAGCACGGAGGCAGCCCUACUGAGAGCCGCAGAUAAAGCAUUCCAGGGACGCACAAUCAUAACCAUUGCCCACCGGCUGAUAACUAUUCUGGACUAUGAUCGCCUAAUUGUGAUGGAAAAUGGUCGCAUCAUUGAGGAUGGAAAUCCAAGGAAGCUGCAACAGCUUCCAGGCUCUGCUUUCCAACGCCUACUUCAGAAACAUCCAUGACAAAGCGAGUGCGCAUAUUAGAUACUUUAACUGUGUGGAAAUUUGGUUGAAAACUAUUUUUCUGUUUCGUACAUUUACCUGUAUGUAAAUUUGCUUUCAUAUGUAAUAUAUU